AUGGCGACGAUACCUGCAGCUGACCAACAUCAGCGGUCGGACAAGCUGUCUGCCUGCUCACACUCAGGUGGGAGUGUGGCUGUCAGGCGAUCGGGUGCCGAGACGUCAAGGCUUCGUCACCGUUGGAUCACGUCGGUACAUAGAGUGGCAAAACUUGGUGCUACAAGCAACCACGGACACGGUGAGCGAAGAAGAGGUGCCGACUGUAGAGCCGGCAGGACCCAUGGUCGAUCACCCGCAGUACGAUCCGCCGAAGAACAUCCUGAAGCGCCCCGCGGCAGUCAGUAA